GUUCAAUGCUUAGUAAAUGAACCGUCCUUGACAGAUGGAAAAUGUAUUUAGAAAUGAAUAACAAUAUUUAAAAAAAAAAUUAAAAUGAUGUAGGCAAUAAGUCAUGUUAGGGAGGUUUUCAACUGCGCUGCAACAUGCAGCUGAUGUGUUGGCUCCUCCUCCUCCCCUGUUUGAAGAUUUUGUUUAUUACUGGAAGAAGUUGAUGAAUCAUUACUUAGAUGUAACUAAAACAAAGCCAACUCCUAUAGAAUUAACUAACAUUCCAAAUCACUUGGAACAUCUAUUGGAGAUUCUUUUAAAGGAAGGAGAAACUUCAGAUGGGGCUGGACCAUGUAUGGAAUAUUUUUUACAGCACAAUUUAUUGGAUUUAUUGACAACCCUUGCUUCUACUGAUGACCCUCCUGGAAUGAAACAACAUGUUUUACAAUUAGUGGCUAAACUUCUUAAUCAGAGCAAACAUAUUGACUAUGGCCAUUCAAGUGUUUAUUCUGCUUUGCAAAGACUGAUUGGAUUAUGUGAUGGCUCUACACCAACUGCUUCUGAAAGUUAUGAAAUACAGUUUUUGUUAUCUUUAAGUGGAAUUUUGCGGAGGAACUAUCAGCUUGUUCCAGUUUUCAUUUCUCAUUUGAGUAAUGAAGGUGAAAGUUCAACUGAAAGACGUACAAGCUGUAGCAGUACCAGCAGUGAUGCCAGCUCAAUACCAAGGAAUGCAUUGUUCACUACACCUCUUGUACCAAGUGCUCGUUCUUGCAAUGUUACUUUGGUUCCACAACCGGUGACUGUAUGUUUAGGAAGUUCAUCACAGUCUGAUUCACAUCCUCAGUUUCCAAUCGCAGAUGCUGUUCUUUCGUACUUGGACUCUCCUGACACUGGGGUUAGAUUAAAAGCCUGCCAAGCCCUGAUGCUAUUGGUUUCUCUGCCUGAUACUACUAAUACUGCUUCCUUGAUCUCACCUGAGGUAUCUCUGAGGCUCAUAUCAAGACUGGUACUUUUGUUCUACACCAUUCCUCAUUCAACUGAUCCAAGCCAUGUUGACGAGAUGCAUUUAUCAUGGGGAUUGGAUAUUCCUACCAAUGACUGCACUGGUUGCAAUGGGUGUAAACAAGCUGCUACAUUUCUGUCUUGGUUUGAUUACUGCGAUCAGGUUAUGAUUGAAAGUAAUCAGAAUAUAGCAGAGGCGGUCAGUCGAAGAUUGUCAGAAUCUUUUUUGGGUCAAGCUUUCAAUACCUUAGCGUUACAUAAACCAAUUAAUCUUACAAUGCUCACCAAAUGUUUUAAGAUGGCAUCGUCUCCUCUUUUGAAUGAUGCAUUAAAUGAGUGGCUCACAAGUGAUACAAUUUUGAAUAUUCUUUUGGAAAACUGGUCUAGUCAGGAUACUGAUUUAGCUAUUGAAACAUUAAGAUUUUUUGAGUUAAUUUUAGAAAAAAGCAGCGAUUAUGUUUUGGAUUGCUUGAUUUGUCGAUAUCUCAAUGACAGAAGUUUUUUGAAUUCGUAUACUUCAGGAUCUGGAGUGGUGUCAGAAGAUUGUAAUCUGGAAAUAAAUGGAGAAUCUGAAUCAGAAAUUCAUGUGAUAAUAAAGAGGUGGACUAAUAUAGUACCAAAAGAAAUACAGAGCUGUAAUUGUGGUUAUGAGGAGUACAUUGGAGAGUCGAUGAGGCAAUACCAAGCAGUUCUUUCAAAAGUAGAGUUUCAGCAAAAUGCUGCUCAAGAUGUCCCAAGCUCUGAUGCUGAGUUCAACGAGGGUCCUUUUCUUUCAGCCCUGUUCACAGCGCUAUCCAACAUACCAAAGCAGGCUUAUGAGCUGAAUUUGGAGUUGACUGGUAUUGUAUCAAGACUUGCCUUGCGACCUGAGACAUACUUGACUGAAUAUCUGUUAAAUAACACAAAGCAGCUGAAGGUCAGGUCUCUGUAUAGUGUGUUGAUGGGAGUUGCAGCAGAACUCGGUAAUUGUAUUACCCAGUUUCCUGACUACCAGCAGACACUUGCAGAUGUAAGAGCAACUUUACUAGGAAGAUCAAUGGUUUCUCUUGAACUGAAAACUGAUCCAUGGAUAGUAACUUUUGAAAGUAUAGUUGUUGUAGAGGAAUUAUGUAAGGAACUAGCAGCCAUUUCAUACGUAAAACUGAAAGCAAAUAAUGCAUAACCGAUAUAUUUUUAUAAGAUGUUUUUUCCCUUGAAACCUGUAAAUAAUGUACAUAUGUAUCAUAUAAAAAAUGUUUUUAUGAAACUUUGGAUUGUACAUUUGUUUAGUACAUCUGUGGCAUUAGUAGCAUAAUGGCGCUUGAUAAAUAUGAGGCUGAAAUUAUAUAAAGACUUUUUGAUUUGGUCUUAAAAUGAAUUGAAAUAAAAAAAAUUAACCUCUUAUGAGAAAUACAUUUAUUUUCUAUAAUUAUUUUUAGUUCUCCAAGAAUUAAAAGUGAUGUAAUCAAAAUGUAUUUAAGUAAGUGAAUUUUCUUCCAGAAUUUAUUUAUUAUAUUUAAAUUGUGCUAUUGAAAAUAAAAAGAAUCAUACUCUUUAAGGUUUGGUUUGAAAAUUGAUAAAAUUAUAAUUAUUAAUAAACCAAAUGUGUGUUAUUCUGGUUAGUAGUAGUAAGCCAUUUAACAGUGCCUCAUUCCUCUUCAAAGUUCUAAAACUUAAUUAAUGGGUGGCUCUUGUGGUGGAGUAUUAAUAUGAGUGAAAAAGAAUCUUGAAGAAGAUGAAGAAUGAAAAAAAUUUCAUUUAGCCAUUACCUGUUAUUAUUAGGAUUUGAAAAUCCACUUUAUAAUUUAACAUUAUGAAAAAUAACUAUGGUUGUUGAAAUUAUUUUUUAUUGUCAAUUACCAUUAUUUAAAAUGUUGCUUAGCUUCUCUUAAAUAUUAAAACAUACUUCUGUAUUCAUGAGAUUAUGCUAUUGUUGUAAAUUUAUAGAUGGGUAAAACUUUAUUUUAUUUAUUUCUUUUUAUGUUUGACAUAAAAAAUUGUAACAUA